UUUCUGCGGCUACAAGGGGAACGUUGUUUAGGAGACACGGAAUGUUUUUAGUGCUGCACUCUGAGCUGUCAGUGUAAAGGUUUUCUGCGAGAGUACAGCCCAGGAGGAUGGCCCAGAUGGACAGCAGGGUGCUGGUUCUGAGCGUGCUGGCUGGGGCGGCCGGCGUCAGCCUGGUGUGGUACCGGAGCCGGAGGGGCCGGCUGUGGCUGAGCUCCGGCGACGAGUGGCGGGACGCGGGCGGCGGCGCGGGGGCGGCCCUGGCUCUGCAGGCCCGGCAGGCGGAGGUGGCGGACCGGCUCGGGGCCCUGAUCCAGUGCGUGUCGGAGCUGAAGGACGAGGUGCGGGCGCUGAAGGACGCCCUCCCGCGCCUCCAGGAGCAGGUGCGGACCGAGCUGCGGGGGCGGGGCGCCGAGGGGGCGCACAGGACCCCCCGCAGGAAGAGGGCCGAAGGGACCGCCCGGGCAGAGGGGCACAGCUCAGAGGAGGGGGCGGAGAGCGAGGGAGGGUAUGUGACGGCCCACACCGACACGGAGGAGGAGGAGGAGGAGCUUGGCGAAGUGGGCGGGGAAAAUGCGGCACGCAUCGCGGAGGAGAAGGAUGACCUGGCGGUACUGCUGGAGCGCGCGGACAGCUUGUUCAAGGGCUCUGAGUCCGAGAAGAAGGAGGGGCUCGUGGUGCUGCUGGAAAAGAAGGAGGAGUUUGGGCUGAAGACGCCGUUUCUAUGGCGACUGAUGCGGGCCUACGUGGACGCACACGACUUGGCCACUGACGUUGGGGACAAGAAGAGCCACGCGGCGGCCGGUAAAAUGGUGGGUGAGGAGGCCAUCACGCUGAACCCCAUGUGUGCGGAGAGCCAUCAGUGGUACGCCAUACUAUGUGGGCUCCUGUCGGAGUACGAGAGCGUGCAGAAUAAGAUAAAGAACGGCUAUCUCUUCAAGGAUCAUCUGGAUAAAGCGAUCGAGCUGAAGCCGCAGGACCCCCUCUCUUACUACCUCCUGGGCCGCUGGUGCUACGCUGUUGCUCAGCUGUCGUGGAUCGAGAGGAAAGUCGCCGCGACCCUGUUUGGAGAGCCACCCAGCGCCAGCGUCCAUGACGCUCUCAAGAACUUCCUGAAGGUAGAGGAAAUCCACCCAAAGUAUUCCAAAUGCAACUAUGUGUUUUUAGCCAAGUGUUACAAAGACCUGGGUCAAAAGAGACAGGCCUUGGAAAUGUGUAACGCGGCGAUGUCCAUGUGCACCGUCUCCAAGGAGGAUGAGGAGGCCCAGAAUGAGCUCAGCUCUCUCCUUCCGUCACUUAGUGCAUAAGGACACUGUUCCCCCCUGUGGGAGGGGCAACCCCCCCCCCCACCAGCAAUUUCGGGACCUUUACUGGACACUACAUAUCUUUCAGUGUCUUUUUUAGAGCAUUACCUUUCUUUUUUUAACGGUUUUACAGUGGGCCCUUCUGGAGCAGGUGCUCUGUGUACAGGGCUGGAGAGCGCUGGUUAGCGAAUGCAGGAUGGAUAAGGGUGGACGCAGUGCUCUGGUAUGCUCGGGGGGGGCAUCCUUUAAGAUCUGUUGCUGCUGGAGGAAACACUACCACGCUUCUCUGGUGUCAUUGGCAUGGUCAUUCCAGUUCGGCCGGAUCAUCCCUACAGUCUGCUGGCGUUUCAGGCUGGGAACUGGUGCCGUGGUUCGUUCCCAUUUACAGCGUCCACAAAAGACAGAAGGACAGAAAGAACCAGAGAAAGAGAUUGGCUCCAUACCAUCUGGUGUUAUCUCCGACUCCUGGCACAAUGGCCUCCUGUUUCUGGUUCUUCUCCCCAGAGCAUCCUAAAGGAGGCCGGGGGUUGGUGUUGGCUUGUGAAAUUCUUCCCCUCCUUCCCUUCACCUUCCACUGUUGUCAUUUGAGUUUUUUUGUUUGGUUUUUUGUUUGUUUUGUUUGUUUUUUUCCAGUGAGCCCAUUUGGCUGCUAGACAGCCCUUUUAGGGACAGUCUGUGUGGUACUUCAGAUCAGAGGUGUGUUGCAGCUCACCUUUAACAGCUGAUGUUUUAUUUCCCCUGCACUGUUUGUGAGCUGUUGGGCCGGCAUCCCCAUAUAAAGCUUGGUUGAUGUGAGUUUUAUGUCUGAGGCGAGCUGAAGGGGGGGAGAAUGUAGCACAAAUACUCAGCUCAUUACAUUCACCAGGAAUUCUGGCCUAUCACAAGGAGGUGAUUUAUUUUAUUUUUUAUUCCUCCCGCCCAGACAGACAGGGAAUCAUUGAUGUUUUAAAUUUAUGACAGAAGUCAAACAUCAGCAGCCUAUACUGUAUAGAAAGAAAGAUCAGAGGCACUGAUACGCUCCCCUUCAGAGUUUACUUUUAUGAAAGGAUCAUGUUUCCUGGAUUUGAGUCAUGCAGCAAGUAUAAGUAGCUGUGUUGUCCAGAUUUUUAUGAAUGUUUUUAAAUAUUUUAAAUUAGGGUUUUUAGGGGAAUUAUGUCUGAAAUUUUUAGUAACCUUACACCUGCUGGUCUGUCUGUUGAAUUGUGUUGCACGGGGAGGGGUGGUUUUAAUGGAUUACCAUUUUGUCAUUAUUGUUUGUACUGAUAUCCUGUAAUUCAUUCUUAUUGAGACCAAUUACUUUACUGUUCUGAAAUCCAAUGGGUGAAAUACUUGAAGGUUUAACAUUUUAUGUUAAAGUUCAUGAAUGUACAUAGUUUUCGUAUUUUAGGGGUAUGCACACUCAUGUAAAUGAACUUGUAAAUUACAAAGUACUUAUAGCCCUAUAUCUCAAAACUUUAUAUCUUUAAAACCAAAACUUUUCUUUAAAAAGCAUUCAUGCUGCAAUAAAGCUCACAUUGCACAAUUA